AUGUCUGACACAUGCUCUAUGGGGUCAUCUACAACACAGCUGCCUGUGAAGGAGUUUGAUAGUUCAAGCCCUUCCUAUGGUCAACCACCUGACUCACCCAAGACGCUUGUUCAGGUACAAAGCCAUCCAACACACCAUGACGGGUCACUAGACUCAGAUCAAUUUGAAGAGGCCGAUGCAGAACAGUAUCUGCGGUUCUCCCCGGCUCGGAAAAUAGGCAUCGUGGCUAUUCUAUCGUUUUGUGCUUUUCUGACCCCUAUUGCUUCGACUGCCAUUUUGACCGCAGUACCUGAGCUUGCAAAGACAUUUGACACAACAGGGGAUAUCAUCAAUGCCAGCAACGCACUAUAUUUAGCGUUCAUGGGAGUGUCUUCCUUAUUCUGGGGCCCCCUGAGUCAAAUCUGGGGUCGUCGUCCUAUUUUCAUCGCCAGUGGCGUGUUAUUCUGUAUUUUCACAGCUGCCACUGCCUUGUCUCCAAACCUUCCUGCUUAUUUUGUGUUUCGUAUUCUCGCCGCUCUCCAAGGCACGUCUUUUCUUGUCGUCGGAAGUUCUGCGAUUGGGGAUAUCUAUGAACCACGAACUCGAGCUUCAGCACUGAGCUGGUUGCUAUCGGGAAGCUUGACCGGACCUGCUCUUGGUCCUUUCCUCGGGGGUAUUGUGGUUACGUUCAGGCCAUGGAGAAUAAUCUUGUGGCUCUUGACCGCACUGACUGGGUUUGCUGUCAUACUGCUCGCCCUUUUCUUUCCAGAGACCAUCCCCCAUAAGACUAAUGGCGGGCUUGCUGGCCAUGGUCUCCCGAAACAGACCAAGAUGCUAUGGCAGCGUAUCUCACCAGUUCGCGUGUUCGUACUCACUUUCUCCUAUCCGAACAUAUUCAUCGCUGGCCUAGCUGCUGGGGCUUUGGUCUGGAAUCAAUACGCUCUUUUGACUCCAAUCCGAUAUGUUCUGAACCCUCGCUUCCACCUGACGAGCCCGAUCCAGGCUGGACUAUUUUACCUCGCUCCAGGCUGCGGAUAUCUAGCAGGGACUUUUGUCGGCGGCCGCUGGACUGAUUACACCGUGAAAAAAUACAUCGAUAAGCGCAACGGCCUUCGCAUACCUGAAGAUCGGCUGAGAUCCUGUAUAAUCUACAUCUGUAUCGUUACACCGGGCUGUCUCCUUGUCUACGGUUGGACGCUUGACCAGGAGGUUGGUGGGAUUCCAGCCCCUGUGAUAGCGAUGUUCCUGCAGGGCGUAGCCCAACUCUUCUGCUUUCCCAGUCUGAACACUUAUUGUCUCGACGUUAUGCAGUCGCAGGGUCGCAGUGCAGAGGUUGUUGCGGGCAACUAUGUCUUCCGGUACGUGUUCGCGGCACUUGGAACCGGUGUUGUGCUACCAGCUAUCAAUGCGCUCGGGGUUGGAUGGUUCAAUACCAUUUCUGCGCUGUUUCUGGUGUUUUCUGGCGUUAUGGUGUGGUUGGCGGCUGUUUAUGGGCCUCGCUGGCGGGAAGCUGUUGAUUUGAAAUAUGCUCGGAAAGCUGCAGAGAAGAAGCAGGCUCAACUGCCGUGA